AUGGACUCGAAAAUCGUUCUCCUGCAGGAUGCUGCUACUCGGCUGCGUAUCAAUAGCAUCAAAGCUACUGAUGCCUCAAAGUCGGGCCAUCCGACGUCAUGCGCCUCCAUUGCCGAGGUGAUGGCUGUUCUCUUCCUUGAUGAAAUGAAGUACUUUGUCAAGGACCCUCGCCAUCCUUCGAACGAUCGCUUUGUGCUUUCAAAAGGUCACGCUGCUCCUGUGCUCUAUGCUGCAUGGGCUGAGGUAGGAUUCCUCUCCGAGAGCGAUCUUCUCAACCUGCGCAAAAUCGACUCAGAUCUUGAGGGUCAUCCCACUCCUCGCCUCGAGUUCGUUGAUGUUGCUACGGGCUCACUCGGUCAAGGUUUGAGCAACGCAGCCGGUAUGGCGUACACGGGUAAGAACAUUGACAAAGCCAGUUACCGCGUCUACUGUAUAAUCGGUGACGGUGAGUCUGCAGAGGGCAACAUCUGGGAGGCAAUGGCUUUUGCUUCGUACUACAAACUUGAUAACCUCGUGGCGAUUUUUGAUGUCAAUCGUCUCGGCCAGACGGCUCGUACCAUUAAAGGGAAGCCAGUGGCACUCAUCCUAAAGACUUACAAGGGCUUCGACUUUCCCGAAAUCUCUGAUCAGGAGAACUGGCACGGCAAACCGCUCGGGGCACAAGCAGCCAAGGUCAUCGAUUACCUUGAAAAGAAGUUGACUGUUCCUUCCACGAUGGGCAAGUUGAAGCCACAGGAACCC